GGCUGUCCCGCACCGCAUAAAGCAGCAGACGCACAGUGUGCCCCCGCAGCCGCUCCGGCCGGUCGCCGCGGCGGAGAAGCUGCUCCGAUGCUCCAGAGCGGCCAUGGGCGACCCGCACUGGUGGGACCACCUGCGGGCUGGCAGCUCGGAGGUGGAUUGGUGCGAGGACAACUACACCAUCGUGCCUGCCAUCGCCGAGUUCUACAACACGAUCAGCAACGUCUUGUUUUUCAUUUUACCACCCAUCUGCAUGUGCCUGUUCCGCCAAUACGCGACGUGCUUCAACAGCGGCAUCUACUUAAUAUGGACGCUCCUAGUUGUAGUGGGAAUUGGAUCUGUCUACUUCCAUGCAACUCUCAGUUUCCUGGGUCAGAUGCUUGAUGAACUUGCCAUCCUUUGGGUUCUGAUGUGUGCUUUGGCCAUGUGGUUUCCCAAGAGGUAUUUACCAAAGAUCUUUCGAAAUGACAGGGGCAGGUUCAAGGCGGCCGUGUGUGUCCUGUCUGUAGUUGCAACUUGCCUGGCAUUCGUCAAGCCUGCCAUCAACAAUAUCUCUCUGAUGACUCUAGGGAUCCCAUGCACUGCCCUGCUCAUUACGGAACUCAAGAGGUGUGACAAUAUCCGCGUGUUUAAGCUGGGCCUCUUCUCCGGCCUCUGGUGGGCCCUCGCCCUCUUCUGCUGGAUCAGUGACCGAGUCUUCUGUGAGCUGCUGUCCUCCGUGCACUUCCCGUACCUGCACUGCGUGUGGCACAUCUUCAUCUGUCUUGCGGCAUACCUGGGCUGCGUGUGCUUCGCCUACUUCGAUGCUGCCUCAGAGAUACCCGAGCAAGGUCCAGUCAUCAGAUUCUGGCCCAGUGAGAAAUGGGCCUUUAUCGGUAUCCCCUACGUGUCCCUCCUGUGUGCCCACAAGAAGUCGCCAGUCAAGAUCACAUGAUGGCAAGGCAGUGGCUGGCUUCUCGGACUUAUUUCUCUUCGUGCACUGGGCUUCAUUUGCUGGCAAAAAUCGCCACGGGGGUUGAAGAAUCGGUGUGGGUGUAUCUGUUUAAAAUUCUGUUCCUCUGGACCACUGUGCCUGGGAAGGAGGUUCAUCUUUUCCCUAGAUGGAGGAUGUAGGGCUCAGGGAGAGUAGGUGUGUCUUUUUCAGCAUCCUUUCUAGGCACGUGGGCUUGCUGGCCUGUCCAUUUUGGCAGUGGCAGAACAGUUCUUUGGGAGACCCAGGGCAACUUCUUGCUGGAGAAGGUGGCUUGCUGUAGAUCCCACGGCCCCCAGGCUGUGUGAGUGAGUACAUAGGAGUUAGCUUCUCUGACAUAGACAAGACUUUUGGGUUUUGUGAUGGAAGGUGCCAGAGCUUUUCACUGGCAGGCGAGAAAUUGUCCUUCAACAAAACCAAGAGUACAGAACACACAGGGGGCCUGUAACUGAGGGGGCUGGCUUGUCACUUGCACCUCUCAGCCUCCCCAGCUUUUCCAUGAGCUUGUGGAUCCUUUAACCACUACCUCGGCUGAGAGAUGGAGACUUGGUGUCAGAGGGCAAAGCAGUAACAUCCUCUACCCACAGGCUUCUCUGGGGUGAAGAUUCCACCCACAGCCCUUCUGCUUACCCCUUGACCUCUGAGCGCACCAAUGGCUCAUCUCCGUCACCCAGGCAGCGCAGGUUUUGAAUGUGGAGCAUGUGUGAAGCUUUAGGGAAAGUUCUCACUGGAAGCUUCCAGGAUGUGUCACCUCCAAGACUCUGACCCUGUUCCUCUGCUGCUUCCUGGAAAUGUGGGCCUCCUGCGUUUGUUCUCACGUUACCUGGUGCUAAUUGGUUUCUCGGAGCACUUGUCUGUUUGUCCUUCUGUCUGUCACUACACCCUGAUUAGCUGGUUGGGGGGUCACAGGUGGGCCGGGGUCUUCAGCGCAUGAGGUGGGAUAUCUCAGGGAAUGUUUGUAACUCAGGCACCUUCUCUUUUCUGACAUUCCAUUGUGGGGAGUCGGGCAGUGCUGGGGGAGCGGGGAUUGGAGUCAUGAGGCCACUGUUCUGAGCCAUGAACAGUGUCCUGAGUCAGAAGCAGCUAGUUGGUUCUGGCACCUCAGGAACUUGUACCCUGGUUAGAAUUUUCACAGGGUCCGUAAUGGAAACUGAACUUAAGUUUUUACAUGAAUAGACUCCAUUUCACUUUUGUGGCUUUGAAGUCACUUGCUAGGUUAUUUCUUGUUUAUAGAAACAAAUCUUUAUGGAAGUAAGUUAUCUUUCAUUAAAUUUAUAGCAUUCACUACGUCUCCCAGGGAACAAACACGCAAGUUAUUUGAUUGGGGGAUUUCCAAGGCAGAAAUAUUUGGUUUUGAGGGAGUGUUUAUAUGAUCUUACUAUAGCUUAAAAUAUAUUUAAAAUGAUUUUUGAGUUGAAUGUUUGUGGCUAUGUAGGGGUUCAGAAUUGCUGCUGAGCACUUUGGUUUUUGAGUCUAGAAAUUUUCAGAGGGUAAAAUCAAACCAUCCUUGUUUCUGGUCUAUCUUCCCAGGCACGUGGUCUGCUCUUAUCUAUUCUAUGCUGUACAAACAUCUUGAAGACACACCCAGCUGCCCCAUGCUGGAAGGGUUGGCUGGGGCUGGAGAGUUAGCCCAGCAGUUAAGAAUACGUGUUGCACUGGGCAAUGGUGGCACACACCUUUAAUCCUAGCACUUGAGAGGCAGAGGUAGGCGGAUCUCAGUGAGUUUGAUGCCAGCCUGGUCUACAAAGCGAGUUCUAGGACAGCCAGGGCUUUACACAAAGAAAGCUCUGUCUUGAAAAAAAGAAAAGGAAAGGAAAGAAAAAAGGAAUGCAUAUUGCUUUCCCAGAGGACUCAGAAUUAAUUCCCAGCAUACACAUGAAGCUCACACCCUGUGAUUCCGGUCCCCUGGGAUCCCUGCAUACAGGCAGGCAAACAUUUAUGCACAUAGAGUAAUAACAUGUAUAAACUGGAAAGCUGGCUGUAGGAGAGGGUUUCUAGAUGCAAGGUUUAAUUUGUCCCGAGGGCGCUGCCGUGACAGUGGUGUGGUCCUCAAAGUCAGGGAAGACUCAUUCCUUUUCACCUGGGAAGAGAACUUACUCCCCAGGGCCUCUGCUGACACCACUAGAAGUGGGGAUCCAAUACUGAUGGAAAUGCUUGAACAUGAUUGGGUGAAAGGAAAUGAACGCCCGACUUAGGGGGCAACUUCUCCACGUAGGUGCCACCAGAUCUGGCUUGGGAUGGAGUGUGUUUGGGGCAAACACCCUUUUUUUCUUUUCCGCCUGUCUGUGACAGAGCUUUCUCCUCUGUCUCAGGCUGGCUUCCAUCUUACUGUGUAGCCCAGACUGGCCUCAAAUUGAUGAUGAGCCCCCAGAUGCAGCCUCUCAAAUGCUAGGUGUGAUUAUAGGAGUGAACGGCCAUACCCAUCCUAAACGGAGAUCUAUAGCUCGCUAACAAGGGACUGGACAUAUAUGAAUCUGAGUUUGAGCUGGGCUUUGGGCAUUGUUCAUAUUUAUGUUAAAGCUCCCCAUGUUGAGAAGAAAUUGGCACACUACGGAAAGGCAGCAGAAGAAAAACAUUACCCACGCCACUGUUGCCUUAGAGCAUCCCUUGCCAAUAGUUUGCCUUUUGGGUGUGUUUCCUUCCUAUCCUUUCUGUCCUACUACAGCUAUAAUUAGAUGUCAUUUAGACAGUGUAUCCUUGAAUGGAGUACAAACGCCAGCAUUUUCAUGGAGAGCUGGCGUGGAGUACACUUUAGCUGGCUUUCUCUUGAAGGCUGAUGGCUGGUCUCUGAGCUCACUACCGGAACUGCCUUUUCCAUGAAGCCUGACUGGAGUGGCCCCGAGACAUGGGCUGAUUUCAGCUUUUGAUGGAACACUUCACACUUGGAUCUCUGUGUCAUGGUAAACAGCUGUUAAAGACGUGACUUCAUGGACUUUCAUGUGUGAAGAGUGGUAAAGACAGGCUGAGCCCAGAGUCCAGAAUCUUCUCCCUUCUGGCGAAGUUGGCACUGAUGAGCGAGGUCAUGACCACUCAGCGGCAUGGGUAUCGGACUAUUCUGUUCCAAAUCUGCCUGCGAUCUCAGGACAUAGAAAGCCAAAUGUCACCAAGCGUUCAUCUCUGUCCAUGAUUUUACAGUUUUGAUCUAUCGUUGAUUCUUAGGAGGAGAGCUCCUUGCUUUAGUGCCCCAUGAUGCCAAAGCCAGCUCUUCAGCGGAGCUCUUAAUGUCUGUAUCCAUUUGUGAUGUGAUCCAUGUGGGGGAAGUGUGUGUGUGUGGGUCUCUCCGGUGAAAAGUGCCUAAAACAGUCAUUGAGGGUCAACAGUGUUGUGUUGAGGGAGAAAGCUAGAUGGUUUUUCUAGUGGUGACUAGAACCUCCCUCAGAAGUCCUUUCCUUCUGACCCCACCCUGAGCCAGCCCUGGAAUUUGAACCUUCCCUAGUUCUUCUUCCCUCGGGUCUGAUGACUAUCAGGCAAGGGCUGGAGCUUGGGCCAGCCAGGCCCUCUCUCCCAGUUCCUUUCUCUAGCUGAGCUUGGAUUCCUCCUAACCAGGGUUUGACCUAGGUGCUGUUGGUCCCAAUGGCCAAGGACACAUCUCCGGCCAGAGUGGGAUUCUCAUUAGAUUUUAUAGACUUUAUUCUCCCACAUUCUUAAAUUACUUCAAAGGGCUUGCGUCUUUUCCUACAAUCAAGUCAUAUCAAAAAACUAUUUUAUAACCACAAUAUGUAAUCCAAGUAAAUAGAAUAUUUUCAGAUAUAUACCGUGUUUUAUACUUUUAUGUAGGGUGUGCUGUAUAUGGGUGGUAUGUAUUCUGGCUGAGGUAACAUUAAUCAUUGCUCUGGGGGAAUUUAUAGGCCUUUUGCACUUUAUGCUUGUGUGUGAGAGAGAACUCUGAUAACCACUGUUAAUAUUAAAGCCAUUAACUGGCAUUUCCUGUGAAUAAAGAUGUAUAUGUAUCUA